AUGAGAAAGGGAAUUUCAUUAUUUACUCGUACCUUACCUUGGCUUGUUCAUACGAAAUUGAAUUUAAAGCAGUUGAGUAAAAGCAUCAAAGGAACGUUCAAUUUGGGAAUUUCCCAAAUGCCUUACACAACUGCUAAUUCAUAUUCUGCCGAUGAACUGAGGCAUGUGUGCGAGACGGUUUCGUGUAUGCGUCCUGGUCCUCCGCCCACAGGUCCAAUACUUCCAUCAUCGCCUUGCCGAUAA